AUGGAAGCUAAAAGUGUUGCAUCCAACGGAAUAGUUCACGAAGUACUCACAAAAGACAACUACAAAAGAUGGAAGACUCUUAUGAAAAACUAUCUGCUGGGGCAGGAUCUCUGGGUCGUGGUCGAGAAUGCUUCUGAAGUUGCGGAUGAGGUUUCGAGGAGGAUGAACAAUGCGAAGGCAUUGCAUAUCAUUCAACUAUCAUGUGGACCAGGGAUUCUUGAUGAGAUUAGUCAUUUUGAAACAGCCAAAGAAGCCUGGAAUUACUUGAGCGCGCAAUACGGCAAAGAGUUAAAAGCUAAGCGAGACACUGAGCAAGCCAAAGAAGCCUGGGUUCACUUGAGCGCGCGAUACGGCAGAGAGUUAAAAGCCACCCCCGAUAUUGAGCAAGGUUUGUUAAUGGACGAUAGUCUUCGUGAGUGUAAAGAGCUACACAGGCAAGUGGAGGGAGGCAAUUGGGAUGCUGCAUAUUUAUCCAUAUCUGAAGACAGGGAGGCCAUAUUCUCAGCCUCGGCUUCAGGUAGGACGGUUCUUCACGUUGCAGUAAUUGCUGGGCAUGUGAAAAUUGUUGACAAGUUAGUCAAAUUGGGGAAAGACAAAUUAGUAGAAAUGAAAGACAAAGAGGGUUACACAGCUCUUGCUCUUGCUGCUCAUUAUACUGGAAACACCAAGAUAGCAAAGUGCAUGGUUGAGAAGGAAGGUGGGGUCCGCGAGGACCUGCUAGCCAUGGAGAACAAACACCGUGAAAUCCCUGUUCUUCUUGCGGCUGCUAACGGACACAAAGAAAUGACUCGCUAUCUUUACUCCAAAACUCCCCGGGAAGUAUUGGACGGAGAAGAUUCCCGCAAUCGACUGUUGCUGUUGUCACGAUGUAUCACUGCGGACAUAUUCGAUGUGGCUUUGAGAUUACUCCAACGUUACCCACAAUUGGCCAGAGAAUCCUUAUUAUCCGAUGAAUGCUCAGCCUUACAUGCAUUGGCCAAUAUGCCUUCUGCAUUCCCAAGUGGGCGCCACCGAUCUGAACUACUUCAUCAACACUAUUACCGUAGUAAGUUGUCACACUUAUUCUUUCUCUCGUGUUAA